AUGGGCGCCACGGGACUCUACCUGGUGACGGUGCCGAACCGACAACGGCGACGGAAUCGACCACAAUGUGGGCUGCAGUGGGUUCUAGAGAGGAUGGAUGAGGUGUCCACGCCGACCGGGGUCAUCUCCCACUUUGUGAACCUGCAGGUGGUGGUCCCGGAAGCGUUCAUCCUCGGUUCCGGCGAGCUGCACGUGGAUAUGGGAUCAACAAUCAAUUUAGUUUGCAUAAUUGAGAAGAGCCCACAACCGCCGCAGUACGUGUACUGGCAGCGGAACGACCGGAUGAUCAACUACGACGACUCCCGGCGGGACAUCUCGAUCGAGACGGUGCCGGGGCCGCGGACGCAGAGCCGGCUCAUCAUCCGGGAGCCGCAGAUCAACGACUCCGGCAACUACACCUGCUCCGCGAGCAACACCGAGCCGGCGAGCAUAUACGUGUUCGUGUCGAAAGGUGACAACACGGCGGCGAUAUCGCGCCGGAAAACGAGCGGUGCCGCCGGGGCGACCGUGGCCGUGUCCUCGCUGCUCGCCGACUGCCUGUGCGUCAUCCCGGGCCUGAUAGCGUCCUUUCUGCUGACGGCCCGGUACGGGGCCUGAACCCUGAACCCGAACUAUGUUUCCGGGCCUAAAGCCGCGGUCUAGGAUAGGCUAAUGGAAAGGAAGAAGAAAAACAAAACAAAGAGGACCCUCUACACUUCCGUUUGUACAUUUUUGUCUGACCAUUUUUUUUUUUUUUUUGUUCUGUUCCUACCGAUAGUGCGGGGGAAAACGACGAACGAAACUGAGAAUUAAUAAAACAAAAACUGUAGGAUAAUUUUUGCGCGAAAAAAAUGUGGGAAUGCUGUGUGCGUGUGAAAAUUGAAUUAAAAUUGGAAUUGUAAAUCAUGUGAUUGUGAUGCGAGAGUGAGGGGAACUGCAAUAAAAAAUGUGACCUCCGGAAAAAAAAACUAUUUUUAUAGGGCAAGUGAGUCUGUUUGAAAAUUACUCAUUGGCAUGAUUGAAUCCAUCUUCUCAAAUGUUUGUUCAAAGAAUCAUGAACAUAAUUAAUAAUCUUAACUCAAUUUGGAAUAAGAGAUUUUAAAAAUUACAAUAUUUUUUGACUCAUCGACCCCUUGUUAUUAUAUUUUUUGCAAUUCCGUCGUGAAACUAAUUACUUUUCCUGUCAUUCUCGAACGACGAAAAACCCUACUUUUUUGUACCAAAAAUAACAGAAUCGAAUAGCAACACUUUUCAAA